GUCUGUCAGUGUCAGUCAGUUAACAUCAGCCAUCAACCGUCCAUCUGGUUUACUGCUAAAAAUCCAACUAUUAUUACCAAAGUUCUUACAAUACAAGGUCAAGAAGAUUGAUUUGGCUGAUAACAGUGCACUUAUCUAUGUUUACCAUGUUCAUGUUGUGUUGAUACGGCCAUAGAAUGUCUCUCAAAACUAUUUUGCGGCUUCGUGAACUGGCCAGAAGUAGAGUAGUGAAUUUCACUCCAGUGGCUAUCCGAAGCUUUAGCGAGAACAAAUCUGAAGAUCAACAGCAAAGAUGGCGGAGAAACUGGAAGAUAACUGGAUCGGUUCUACUUGGCUCUGUUCUUAUUGGGUCUGCCAUUACAGACAAAUUAGAUGUCAAGCAAAAGUUGAAAAAGAGUAAGAAGGAAACAACUGAAGCAGCAUGUGAAGCCGGUGUCAAACGACCUGAUCUGCCCACCUUCAGGGCCGAGGAGGUCAGCAAGCAUGAUUCCAAGAAAAGUUUCUGGGUGACGUACAAGCACGGUGUCUACGACGUGACCAAGUUCCUGCCUUCCCACCCGGGCGGGGAGCAGAUCCUCAACGCGGCUGGGCUCAGUAUAGAGCCCUUCUGGAACGUCUACGGCAUGCACCUGACGCCCGAGGUGUUCGGCCUGCUGGAGACUUACAGGAUAGGUAACCUCCACGACGACGACGUGGUAGACCACUCGGACGACGAGCUGUGGGUGCGCGAGCCCUACCGCGACAAGCGACUGCUCGUCAAGACUGCCAAGCCUUUCAACGCCGAGACGCCGCCACAAUACCAGGAUGCGCACUUUGACACGCCCAACGAAUUAUUUUACGUGCGCCAACACAUGCCUGUUCCAGACCUUGACGCCAGCCGCCACAGCGUUCGCGUCAUCGUCAAGGACCGCGGCGUCAGAACGAAGGACUUCACGCUCGAAGACCUGAACAAGUUCAAACACGUCACCUUGAGAGCGGCGUUGAUGUGCGCGGGGAAUCGACGCAGUGAAAUGAACGAGCAGGUGAAGCCGGUGAAAGGCAUCAGCUGGGCCGGCGGCGCCAUCUCCAACGCGCGCUGGGGCGGCGUGCUGUUGCGCGACGUGCUCGUGCACUGUGGAGUCGAUUUGGAGAACACCGAGGGGAAACACGUCAUUUUCACAGGCUCGGACAUAGACGCUACGGGCGUGAACUUCAGCACGUCCAUUCCUCUGUCCAUGGCGGCCGACCCCACCAGCCGUAUAUUACUAGCUACGACGAUGAACGGCGCCGCGUUGCCGCCCGAUCACGGCUAUCCGUUGCGCGUCGUCGUGCCCGGCGCGCCCGCUGUGCGCAGCGUUAAGUGGCUGGAAUCAAUAACCAUCUCUGAAGACGAGAGCCCGUCGCACUGGCACCAGAAAGACUACCGCGCAUUCAACCCGUCUAAGACGUGGGAGACGGCGGACUUUGCUACCGCGCCGCCGGUAUACAGUCUCCCCGUCACGUCCGCAUUCUGCCGGCCGCAGUCCGGCGAUACGGUGCCGGUUUGCAGCGGGCACGUGGUGGCUACGGGUUACGCUUACUCCGGCGGUGGUGCCAAGAUCCUUCGCGUAGACGUGAGUGCUGAUCAAGGCAAGACCUGGAUAGAAGCUGAAUCGACGGCCGUGGACCCAGCACCACACAAGCAGCACUACUCCUGGAUGCUGUGGAAAGCUAACAUACCCGUGGAUAAGGGGCAGAAAGAGGUGGAGCUCUGGGUGAAGGCCACGGACAGCAACUUCAACACGCAGCCGGAGAAGUUCCACGACAUCUGGAACAUCCGAGGCAUCCUCAGCAACGCCUACCACAAGAUCAAAGUCAAAGUACAACAUCAAUAGUUUGUAAACACCCUGUAUAGGCGCGGACCCGCGCUACCAGAAUAAAUACAAAUGAGUAGGUCAUCUUCAUAGAAACGC